AAAGGAGAAGCUGUGAGCGGCAGACUGAAAUGUCAGUAAGACCAAACCCACAGGACUCAACAGUAUUUAAGUAUCAUCCUGGUCACUGUAUCAUGUCUUUUGUUGCACACAUUCUGGCUCUACUGAGAUGGGCUCAUGGAAAAGAAUAUAUAAUAUCUGAAGCCUGACAGACAUUUGUAUCCAGCCAUGGGUGACUGGUCUUACCUUUCCUCACUACUAGACAGGGUUCAAUCUCACUCCACUGUGGUGGGUAAAAUCUGGAUGAGUGUCCUCUUCCUCUUCAGGAUCUUUGUCCUGGGUGCUGCUGCGGACAAAGUCUGGGGAGAUGAAGUGUCAGAGUUCUACUGUGACAGCUUGGAACCAGGAUGUCAACAUGCCUGCUACAACUGGAUGUUCCCAAUGUCCUACAUUCAUUACUGGGUCCUACAAAUCACUUUUGUGGCCACCCCAACCCUGGUCUACCUGGGUCAUGCUGUCCACAUCAUCCACAAAGAGAAGAGGAUGAUGGAGCAGCUGCAGGACAGCACUAACAUAACUUUAAUGAGGAAGCCAAAGUAUACAGAUGACAGAGGGAAGGUGAAGAUAAAAGGCAUCCUCUUUUGCACUUACAUGACCCAGCUGGUCUUUAAGAUCUUCCUGGAGGUGGGAUUCGGUGUGGGCCAGUUCUACAUAUUUGGCCCCAUGAACAUGGUCUCCUACUUUCACUGUACUAUGUCUCCACCUUGUGCCCGUUACAGCGGUGCCCAGUGUUACAUUUCUCGUCCUACAGAGAAGACAAUCUUCAUCAUCUUCAUGCUUGCAGUUUCAGGAAUUUCGGUGCUCCUCAACAUCAUUGAGAUGAUCUACCUGCUCUGUAACAAGAGGAGAGACACAAGGAAACAGCUUCUAGCUCAGCAGCAGUGCCCAUCCAACACAGCGUGGAGGACCAUGAGCAGCCAGUAUGGAGGCUUCCCACUGUCACCUCUGCCUGCUCAGGGUCUGGCAGGUCUCUGCAAUGAUGACAAACAUACUGACUGAUAUGGAUGUUUCCUUUUAAUAUUUUGUCAGUAGCUGUAUGGUGUGAAAUGUUCUAAAUUUAAUUAUCAAAUAAUAUUAAUACAAAUUAACCACCUAGCAUUGAUUGUGUUUUCCUUUACCACCUCAAGCGAAUGAAGGACUUAAAAAACUAUUUAAAAUACUGCACUUUGAUUGGUCAAUAACCACAGCCCCACUGUGUCAUAAGUGCUAAGCGGAGGAUUCACACUUCCAAUGAUGGACUGAACUUGGAAGAGUUACGUACACCAUAUUAGUAUGUGUUGUGCAGUAUGUAUAUACACUGUAUGUGUGGUUUGAUUUGAUUUGAUUUAUUUUAUAUGUUGUUGUAUUCUGCUAUAAAUGUACUUAUGUUUUUCUAUGAGUGUAGCAUGAAGCGAUUGCAAACUUUUAUGUCUUUGUACAACCUUGUGUUGUGUGCCAUCCCAUAAAAUAACAAAAUAGCAAA